AUGUCCUCAUUUAAUAAGAAUUACUUGAAUCUUGCAUCCAACAACAAAGACACUUAAGAAAAAUAUCAACAGUAUAUUCCAGAUGAUGAAAUCCCAAAAUAAUACAAAUAAAAGUAUGAAUUGAAUAAUCCAAUCGAUAUUAAAUAUGGAUAUUAAGACAAUAAUUCAUUACUUUUCUAAAUUCAUAAAAACUUUCCAUAAUAGCCUGAUUUCAAAAUUGGGGUCGAUUUAAUUUAUGUAAUUGACAUAAGUUAAACAUUAAAUGAUCAAACUUUAGAAAUAAUGAAAUCAGCCCUUAAAUGUUUAGCCAAUUAUUUAAGUGAUAGAGAUAGAUUAUGCAUUAUUACUUAUAGUAAUAAAGCUGAUAAACUAUUUCCAUUAAUUCCACUUAAUGAAGAGAAUAGAUAGAAAAUAAUUGAGAAAAUUGAAUAGAUCUCUAUUAAAAAAGGAAAUUCAAACAUAUUUAAUGCUCUUUAGAUUACUAGUUUAUGUUUGAAAUUAAGAUAAUUUUAAAAUUAAAUUACUAAUGUCAAUAUAAUCAGUUAAGACUAUGAUUUAAGAAAAAAUAGCUUAGAUUUCAAAUAAAUCUUUUAAAAUGAAAAAGCUUUUAAAUUUAAAGCUUUUUUGUUGUUUUCAAAAAAUUAUAUGUAAUUUCCAUAAUAAAAAAAAAGAGAGAGUUUAAAAUUUGGACGAUAUCAUAUUAUAAAAAAGGUUGAUUAAUUAUCUUAAUUAUCCUAAAUAUUUUGCUUUGAAGCUUCUAAACUCUAAUAGACUGUAAUUAUGGAUCUGCUAAUAAGUGUGAAAACUCAUAAAAAUAAUCCAAUUUAAAUAUCAGAAUGUGAAGGUGGUAAAUUUGUUUAUGUUAAUCCAUAUGAAAUUCAAAUUACUAAGAAAUUAAUUUCAAUUGGAUAUAAUAAAACUCAUUUGGUCUGUAUUGGAAAUGGUCCAAAGUUUGAAGCUGGUCAAAUUUGUAAUAUCGAAGUAUCUUUCUAAUAAUUAUGUUCAAAUCAACAAUAAAAGUACUUCAUUCCAAUCUAUGAAUAAACUCAGCAAAAAAAUAUUAUAGAUGAAUCUGUUUUGGUUCAAAAAUACAAGCUAAAAUCUAGAAGUUAGAUGAAUGAAGCCAUAUUAUACUAUGAUCCCUAUAGAAUCUAAGAUUGUAUUGAAAUUCUAUCAGUAUUCCAAUCUGAAGUAGGCAAAUUACCAGAUAGUAUAAAAUAGUAGUUAAAUGUCGAAACUUAAUAAUUUGAUCUUGCACUAUCAAAAUAUUUCUAAAAUCCAUCUUAAUAAAUAGAAAAUCCAUUUACUUAAAUCGAUGAUCUAAGAAAGAGACAAAAAUUGUAAGCUUUUAAAAUUCUUUGA